GGGGAUUUAAUAUGUAUUAUUGUCUCUUGAAUAAUAUAUAUAUAUGUUUUCCCAUCGAGACUCCAUGCGCUAGCUAGAUGGACGGACGACUUAAGCUUCACCACCUUUUGCCUCCCUCGCUAAUAUCCGCCCGCAGAUCAUCGCUUAUAGCACCACCGCGUGGGUUUGUGGGGUACCGACGACGACCACAGCUACAGCUCAAGCUGGAGCUGGAGCUGGAGCUGGUGUACGAGCAACAUCGAUAUAUAUCACCACAACUACACCCAUUAACCCCAUCAACCGCAAAGUCACCCAAGCAAUGUCAUCCCCCCCAUCAAGCUCACACACCCCAACCCCAACCCCGACGAGUAUCCCAACCCCCCUCCUCUCUUCCAGUGCUACGGAACCACACACCACUACUACCACAUCAUCUUCGACACAAACGCCAACCGCGACACAAGCUGCGACGUCGACAUCAAUAUCGAGUCUGAAAGCCGCGCAGCGGGAUAGGCAGGCGAGGAAUAAAAGUCCCAAGAGUGGGGAGGCUGUGUGGUGUGGCAAUGAUGGGGGUGCGGGGGAGGGGAAUGAAAAAGAAGUUAGGGAAGAGAAAGUGAGUUAUACGGAUGAUUCUUAUGAGGCGGUCGAGAGGAGGAGGUGGGCAGCCACGAUAUUGGAUUGUCCGGAGCUGUUGAUGAUGCAUGCGCAGGCUAGGCAGGAUACGAUACCUUCGACGAGGCUGCACUUCACGAAACUGCUGUGUGGGUAUGAGGAUUCGCCGCGGAAGACGAAGAAGGCGAAGGCGAGAAGGUCGGGGAGGGGGGUUAAGGAGUGA